AUGCCGGAUUCCAGAAUCCAGAGACGCGCCGGAGUCGGAUUUCAGGCUUUGACUUGUAUCGUGGAUAUUCUGGAAGCUCAGGGCCACGUAGGAUGGUCGACGACGUGCACUUUGCACGGGAAGAAACGCGCAUGGCUCCAUUUGAGGGACCUCGAGGAAAUGGAUGAUUCCGAUUUGUUUGUCCGGAGAGAGAGUCAAGGAGAUGAGAUUUUUAUCAUGAUUGGGAGCCUAAAGGAAGUUUGUGUCGGAGCGGAUGUUGUCAUAUUCCAGCAUUUUGGAAACGAUGAGCUACCGGUGCCUACCAUCCGACCAUUGUUGCCAUUAGUUUUCUUCACCCGAGGAAGCGAGAGGUUGCAUGCUUCUGGCGCAUCGGACUGUCUGGCCUUAUUGCCCAAGGACAAGGACGGGAGGUCCAGAGGGUGAAGUGCAAUCCGUGAUAAGUCGGUCAGUUUUACGUGCUGUGUGAAUGUGAUGUGAUGUCUGAAGCAGCGACAAGUGUGCAGGACGAGGUGGAAAUUACGUGGUGUACCGCGGACCUAAUCUUUGGUACUGGUCCAAGUUACAAAGAAAUCAUGCUCCUGAUUCCGAGGGCAAGAUGUUGUGCUCUCUAAACAAUGGUGGUGGCAAGCUCUCCUUGAUGUGUGGGUGCAGACUUCCUCUUGCCUCCAUCAGACUGGUUUCAACGAGACCACUCCACUGCAAUUAACUUGAGUCGCUGGUGUAUGAACUGAGAUGUUAUCCCUUCAGAAAUGAUGAGGUACUGAUUAUUGUUAUCAAUACUAAAUCUUCAUGAACUCCAAGUUAUCACACAUCAGCUGGAUGUACUCAAUCAAGUCGUCAUUGUAGACUCGAACAGCGGUCUACACUAGGCAAUGACUCAAAGUGUAUUUAUGAGUUUGCCAAUGUGCUGUGGCCUAUUGAUCUCAGAAAAUUUACAUAACCUUUCAAUUAA